UCUUGAAGGAAGACGCAAUGCCCACAAAAAAUGGCACAAAAACUGUUCUUAUAAAACAAGGAAGCUGUAGCUCUGUCUCAGUGUUUGUCCGUCUUCUGUCACGGUUGACUGCGACAAGGUUCCAAGAUGCUUCUCCGUGGUCUGGUGUUAGGUCUGUUGUUGUGCCAAGUGGAUGCUGUUCUGCAAAAUGUCACGUGCCCCGUAGUGACCCCUCGGGAAUUGGAUUGGAAAGCUCUUGACGGGAAGUGGUACAUCGCAGCCAUAGCCUCGGACCUCUCGAUAGAAGCAGACUGCGCCAUGCUGGUGUACAAUCACAUGAACUCUACCGAUGUAUCGGUCAGUUGGAUUACAAACAACACUGUCACUUACUACAACGGAUCCGUGGCCAUUACUGUGGAUCCAGACAGCAACAGCACCAGUAUUGGCGACCUGCUUCAGGUCACAUAUACAGAUCAGAAGUCCGAGAGCUACUCAUUUCUGGACGUAGACUAUGAGCAUUACGCGGUUUUGUUCGCGUGCUACGACAACGAAGACGGGAACAGUAGUACUUACGAAAUAUGGAAGCUGACCAGAACAUCGCACCUGAAAGAGAGCGACGCUUCCAAGAUUGACCAGGCCAUAGCCAACUACAGUCUCGAAGACACCAGCUUCACCGUGUUCAAUAAUACAGAAGACACGUGCAGCAUCAGCAGAGGAAGCCAUCUUGAUCCAUCUGUGUUGCUGACCUCGGCAGCUGCUUUUGCUUUAUUCAAGAAAUUAUUUUAAAAGCUGACCCCACGGUAUUCUUAUUUAUUUAUUUAUGACUCUCUUAAAUCUAUUUACAAUAUAUUGCGCAAGGAAAGUACGGAUGACAGCAUAUCAAACUAAACAUAGUGGGCAAUUUUGUAUCAAAAAUGCAUAUUCUAAUGCUCUGUUGACUGUACAAUUGUUCUAUUUAAAACAUAACAAAAUUAACGAGCUAUGUGGCAUAGAAAUAAGUAAA